AUGGAUCAGAUUCUUCCGAGAGAAGUUGUGAUAGAUGUUGAGUGCGAUGUAAAUAUAAGCCGAGGAGCAGAAAGCCCCGACCUUUUGGAUGCAAAACUCGGGAAGAUUUCUUCGGCCAAGGUCUGCAGUGCAGCAGUUAGUUUAGAUGGACCAGUCAGGGGUGAAAAUGGGGUAAGCUUGAGCAGCAGUGUGAAUAAUACAAGCGAUGUUUCUCCGGUUCAGGAGAAGAACGUGAGGAAGGAAAAACGCAAGUCAAAUAGUGCAAAAAAGCCGCCUAAACCUCCUCGUCCUCCAAGAGGAUUGUCAUUGGACGCUGCUGAUCAGAAACUGAUCAAAGAGAUCACUGAGCUCGCGAUGAUCAAACGUGCAAGGAUCGAGCGAAUGAAGGCUUUGAAGAAAAUGAAAGCGGCAAAGUCAUCCUCCAUGUCAUCAUCAAGUGGAAACUUGAUUGCCAUGCUAUUCACUCUUCUCUUCUUUAUUGUGAUCAUUUUUCAAGGAAUGUCCCCCAGAAAUAACUCAGCCACUGGCUUCCAUGGUUCAACUGAGACAAAUGUGGGACCAGAGAGUGGUUUCGUUGUGGUUCACGACCACCAGGAUAUAUUCACUCACAACACGUCAUCAAUUGGUUCUGGAUCUCCCAAUCUGGCGGAACUGGCACCUGGUUCAGAUAUCAAGGGUAAGGGGAAUAGAGACGUCGAGUGA